AUGUUCCAAACGCAGCAGAACCCGGGCCGCGGUGCUCCAUUAGGUGCGAAUAGGUUGCAGAAUGGCAAGAUGGGUGGCGCAUCUCAAUGGGGAUUCGGAGCCCCCAUGGGCGCGCCAGGCUUGCCAAACACGCAAACACGAACAAACGGCGGAGCCAUGUCAAGCUUUGCGCAAGCAAUGGGCGGCUCGCAGCCUCAUACGCCGUUGAAUCUUGAGGAGUUCCCUUCGCUGUCGGGCGCACCGCAAGCGCAACAGAACACGACCGCGCAACAGAUGUGGGCGAACCCUACGAUACGAGCGGCGCAACAAAACCAGCAGAACACGAUCGGACGUCCACAGGGCCAAGGACAACAGCAAGGGCAAGGUCAAGCUGCACAAGCUGCAAACCAACAACAGCAGAACCAGGGACAGGAUGAUUCAUCCCAAAGUCAGUUUUCUGGUGCUGGCGAUGACUAUCGAUUUGGAGGACAAGGGGGUGUAGGACAACUGGGGGGUGUCCAACCGCAGACGAGCAACGUGGAGGAAUUUCCACCGUUGGGUGGCGCUGGCGGAGACAUUCCACAAGACCGAAGAGCCGGCCUGAUACAGAAUGCUGCGGCUUUUGGAGCCAACGGAAACAACGCCUUCCCUGGCCUUGGACAGACACGGAAUGGCCUUUCGAGCCCCACAGAUAGCCAGCAAGACCGGAGCAUCAAUCCCACUGUAGGUGGCAGGGCGCUACCUGGCACAGCAUCACGGACGCCCUUUGAGAACAUGCGGACAAGCAACCAAGCAGAUGGGAACCAACGGAUAGGACAGUCAGGGAACAUGUUUUCUUUAGGUCCUCAGAUGGGUAUGCGAGGCGGUGCAGAUCUUGCCCCCGGAGGACAGCGACCACAACAAAACCAGUUCGAUCAAACGUUUGGAGCAGAAGUUCUCGGCUCUCCCAACGCUCAAAAUAUGCUGCACAAGAAGUUGUCGGACAUGACAGACUCAGAACGAUACGGACUGCCUGGGCUGUUGGCGAUGAUACCUAUGGAAAGCCCUGACUACUCUUCGCUGGCCAUGGGGCAAGACCUGACAGUCCUGGGCCUGGACCUGAGUCGACCAGACAACUCACCAUUACACCCCACUUUUGGUUCACCGUUCGCGGAGUCCAACGUCAAGCCAGUGAUACCACCAGAUUUCACUCUACCCGCAGCAUACACUGUUACGAACGUUCCGCCGCUACAUUCGAAAAUGGCCAGCUUCUCUGCGGAGACACUGCUAGCCAUCUUCUAUCAGUUCCCGCGAGACAUCCUGCAAGAAAUUGCUGCACAAGAACUAUACAACCGUGACUGGCGGUGGCAUAUGAAGCUCCAGCAGUGGAUGAUGAAGGACCCAGAUCUGGCGGCGCCCAUGAGACUGUCACCAAAAGAAGAGCAUGGCUGGUACCUAUUCUUCGAUGUCAAGAACUGGAGGAGAGAAAGGCCAGACGUUAUGUCCUCACCAAUAUCGAUCGAUGCUGACCAUGUCCGACAGACUUUGAUGAAGCUCUCUGUUGCUGUUCGCGAGAUGACACCUGCCGGCGCGAAACAGGUGUCGCACGCGCCCAAUUUAUUGGCUCGUCCUGUAUACGGUGGCUGUCGCGUCUGUGGUCUUCCUGGUCAUCAGUCUGCUGAUAUUCAACAUCCGGCCACAUGUCGAGUUGCUCUGCUCUCGCUGAUCGGCUUCUGGGAGGUCGUCGCAGACCACGCAUCUUUCCUGUACCAGUAUUCCGAACGCUUCCAGAAGGCUAUCCAAGCCAACGAGCCGACCUAUGCGAUGCGUGUUGAUAAUCGUCCGCUCAAGGGUGGUGACAUGGAGGCCGUGUUUGUAGAUCGCCUGACGGGAAACUUUCUCAAGUUUCUGGCGCAUGUUCGGGGUAUCCGAGCCAAGGUUAAUGUGGUGCUCGACGAAGAAGGUAUAGGCAGGUACGAGCGCGUGGCCAGGACCUUGGAGGGGUUCUUCCUGGGUGGACUGACCUUGUCCAACCUCUACGAGCGCAGUAUGGCGAUUGAAGAGUGA